AUGGAAAAGAGUCUGACAACAGACCCAACCCAGCAACGCGACACACCCGAGAACCAGCCAUACAAAGCAACUUGCUACGCGGAAAACCCUGCAUUGCAACAUAGCGACAAUCAAGACACUACUAAGCUAUCGCAACGAAAAUGGACAUCAUGGUUCACACAACGCAGCUCCGAUCCCCCCUUUCUCCUCAAAUAUAGAAGUUCAGAUAGUUUUAUCAUCGGGACUGUAGCUUUGGCUGUUUUUACCGACAUGUUCCUCUACGGCGUCAUCGUCCCCGUAGUCCCCUUCGCCAUCUCGUCGCGCAGCCACGUGGAUGAAGGCAGAGUGCAAUACUGGGUCUCUGUGCUCGUGGCCGUGUACGGAGCGUCUCUUCUUGCAUGCUCGCCUGUGUGCGGAUGGCUUGCUGACCGCGGGUCGUCCCGGCGCAUGCCGUUACUUGUGGGAUUGCUGGUUUUGCUGGGAUCGACCGUGUUGCUGAAUCUUGGCAAUUCGAUUGGGGUGCUGAUUACGGGGCGUGUGUUGCAGGGUGCUUCGGCGGCUGUGGUGUGGGUUGUUGGGCUUGCGUUGUUGGCUGAUACCGUGCCUCAGGAUCAGCUUGCCACAGCGUCCGGGUGGCUGUCGAUAGGUAUGUCACUGGGCAUGCUGAUAUCACCGCUUCUGGGGGGCAUCGUGUAUGAUCACGCUGGUUACAAUGCUGUUUUCGGCAUGAGCUACGCACUAAUUGGGCUGGACGUGAUUCUUCGACUGCUGCUUGUGGAAAAGAAGGUGGCGGUAAGAUGGGAUGCCAGUGCGAUAGGACGGCGACCAGUCGAGGCGCAUGACGGCCUAGGUGGAGACGCUACACCACAAAGUGAGGGAUCAGAUGCUUCCAAAACGCUAGCCCAGUCGGAAGCAGGCCAGCUCGAAAUGCAGCGGCAAGAACCGCCUCGACGGCGGCUGCGGGAUCGCCUUCCUCCCGUUGUAUCACUGCUCUACUCCCGACGCUUACUCGCCUCGUUGUUCUGUGCACUCGUACAGGCGCUUUUGUUGACGGCAUUCGACUCGGUUCUUGCCAUUCACGCUGCAAAGACCUUCAACUGGACAGCAACGGGUGCGGCGCUGUUGUUCCUUCCCAUUGCCAUUCCGAGUUUUCUCGCGCCAUUGUGGGGAUGGCUGUGCGACAAGUACGGCGGACGAUACCUUGUCAUCAUCGGGUUCUUAUGCGGGUGUCCGCCGCUGGUGUGCUUGCGUUUUGUCACGGAAAGCACGAUGAGGGACAAGGUACUUUUAUGUGCAUUGUUAGCCAUCGUGGGUCUCACCAUUGGCAUGACGUUUCCGCCCGUCAUGGCUGAGAUUUCCGCCGUGGCGGAAGCAAAGGAGAGGAAGUUGAUUGCAAGCGGACGGCCUGGGUUUGGGAAAGGCGGUGCAUUUGCUCAAGCUUACGCAUUGUUCAAUAUGGCUUUUGCUGGAGGUUCCAUGGCCGGGCCUUUGCUAGCUGGGUUCAUUGUUGAAGCACAUGGGUGGGCGACCAUGGCAGCGGUACUGGGAGGACUAUCUGCCGUAGCCGCAGUACCUGGAUUUCUGUGGUUAGGCGGUUGGAUUGGCGGGAAGCUGUAA